GAAGAAAAGCUAAGAGGCUCCCUGCUCCCAAAUCCCAGGCUUCUUUCUCUGCUGAUAUCAUUUUGCCAUCUUCGAUAAAUACACGUGAUAUAUGUGUCAAGUAAUCUUGCAAUUUUAAUAUUAUUAAGAAUAUUGUUAUUAAUAAUCCUUUGCAUAUGAUAUUUUUAUAUAUUUUUACAAAUUCUUAUAUAUUUUUUUUCACGCAAUUGAUUGAACAAAAGGCAUAAUUCGCUCGUAUGAAUAAUGAGCAUGGCUCAUCGAGUUCUCCGAAGAUAUCCUAGAACGACGGUAAAUCGUUUCCAGGAAGUAGUGCAAAAGUUUGACUAUCUAUUAGUAAUGGACUUUGAAGCUACAUGCGACAGACACACAGUGCUCAACCCACAGGAAAUCAUAGAAUUACCGUGUGUGUCACUGUCUACCAGCAAUUGGAAGAUAAAGGAUACAUUUCACGCCUAUAUUAAACCUAGAAUCCAUCCUAAGCUUACGCCAUUCUGCACAGAAUUGACAGGAAUUAUGCAGGAGACUGUGGACAAUCAACCUUGCUUCUCGGAUGUAUUCUCGAGAUUCCGCGAGUGGUUAAUCGAGGGAGAAUAUUUUGACAAUAGUGAUAAAAGUUCAUUUGUAACAUGUGGCAAUUGGGACCUAAAGGUGAUGCUACCAAAUCAGUGUAAUUUGGACAAUAUUACAUUGCCAGAUGAAUUCAAACGAUGGAUAGAAUUGAAGCAUACGUUUUGCGACUCUACUGGAUAUUAUCCAAGGAAUUUAAAGGACAUGCUUACGCGAUUAGAUCUUCCAUUCCAAGGGCGUUUACAUUCGGGGAUUGAUGACGUGAAAAAUAUAGUUUCCAUAAUACAAGCUUUAAAAGACAAAUAUAACACACAAUUUAAAAUUACUUCAUCGUUAACUAAUUCUGCACUAGGUUUAAGUAAUCAUAAACGGAGUGGAGUAACAAUAUAAAAAAAAAA